AUGGCGACCGCCGUUCUUCUCAGAUCUCUCCGCCGCAGAGAAUUUUCUUCAGCUCCUAUUUCUGCUUUCAAAACUAUUAUAGUGUGGUAUUUAGUGUAUCUUAUACUAGAAAGUUUAGGCUGUCACAAUAUCUGUACAACGGAGGGGCCUAGUAUAACUGGCGAACAUCAAAUCGGUGCUUUUGUUCUGACAAAGAUGAAGGAAACUGCAGAGGCUUAUCUGGGUAAGACCAUAACCAAGGCUGUGGUCACAGUCCCAGCUUAUUUCAAUGAUGCCCAGAGGCAGGCCACCAAAGAUGCUGGCAAGAUAGCAGGCCUCGACGUACAAAGAAUUAUCAACGAGCCUACUGCAGCUGCUCUAUCCUAUGGAUUGAACAACAAAGAGGGUCUUGUUGCUGUUUUUGAUUUGGGAGGUGGAACUUUCGACGUCUCUAUUCUGGAGAUUUCAAACGGUGUUUUUGAGGUGAAAGCCACAAACGGUGACACAUUUUUGGGAGGAGAGGAUUUUGAUAAUGCUUUAUUGGACUUUUUGGUGAAUGAGUUCAAGAGAACAGAGGGUAUUGAUCUGUCGAAGGACAGGCUAGCUCUGCAGAGGCUUCGUGAGGCAGCCGAGAAAGCAAAGAUCGAGCUCUCAUCAACUUCUCAAACUGCAAUCAACUUACCCUUCAUCACUGCCGAUGCAUCUGGCGCAAAGCAUUUGGAAAUAACAUUGACCAGGUCGAAAUUCGAGGCUCUGGUCAACAACUUAAUCGAGAGGACCAAGGCACCCUGCAAGAGCUGUCUGAAGGAUGCUGGCAUAUCGGCCAAGGAGGUCGAUGAGGUGCUCCUUGUUGGAGGUAUGACACGUGUUCCAAAGGUUCAAGAAGUAGUUUCCGAAAUCUUCGGCAAACCCCCAAGCAAGGGGGUGAAUCCAGACGAAGCUGUUGCUAUGGGAGCUGCUAUCCAGGGUGGCAUUCUCCGUGGUGAUGUGAAGGAGCUUCUUCUACUCGAUGUCACCCCACUUUCUCUUGGUAUCGAAACACUGGGAGGUAUUUUCACCCGGUUGAUCAACAGAAACACCACAAUCCCCACCAAGAAAAGUCAGACAUUCUCAACAGCUGCAGACAAUCAGACACAAGUGGGCAUCAAAGUAUUGCAAGGAGAACGUGAAAUGGCGACUGACAACAAGCUUCUCGGAGAAUUUGAUCUUGUGGGUAUCCCUCCAUCACCCAGGGGAAUGCCUCAGAUUGAAGUCACAUUCGAUAUCGAUGCCAAUGGAAUCACUACCGUUUCUGCUAAAGACAAGACCACAGGCAAAGAGCAGCAGAUUACUAUCCGUUCGUCUGGCGGUUUAUCGGAUCAGGAGAUUGAAAAGAUGGUGAGGGAGGCUGAGAUGCACUCUCAGAAGGAUCAAGAGAAGAAGGCUUUGAUUGACCUGAAAAACAGCGCAGACACCACUAUCUACAGUAUUGAGAAGAGCUUGAACGAGUACAAGGACAAGAUUCCGAGUGAGGUAGCUACCGAAAUCGAGACUGCUGUUUCGGAUUUGAGAAGUGCUAUGAAUAAUGACAACAUUGAUGAUAUUAAGGCGAAGUUGGACGUGGCUAAUAAGGCCGUUUCGAAGAUUGGGCAGCACAUGACUGGUGGUUCUUCUGGCGGUGAUGGUGCUGCUGGAGGUUCUCAGGGCGGUGAACAGGCGGCACCCGAGGCGGAUUAUGAGGAGGUAAAGAAGUAGACAACCGAGAGGUGAUGACUACUUAUUUGUUUCGGUUGAACUACUAAAAAGUGUUUUUUGGAGGUCUUUGUAUCUAAAUUCCGGGUAGUUUUGGUUGUAUUGAAUCUUCCAAGUUAGAAACUUCAUUAUGAUGAAUUUGAGUAGGCGAUUUUGCUAUUUUUGGCAUACAUUCGGUCGAGAAUUUGAUUCGCGCUUAAAAUUUUACUGUUUUAAUAAAUUUACGUGGGCGCAUAUGAAGUUGAUAUGGUAUGUAUCCAAUUAUUGUGAACAGUUUUCUUAAAAAGAUUGUUUUGGAUCUUGAA